CGCUUAAACCCUUGUAAUAAUUUCUCACCGUGCAAAGAAACAACCAAAACCCUCGUGAAUUGAAUUCAAUGCGGUUUGGAUUAUUAAGAAUCAGCGAUGAAUGGAGAAGAACAACAAAAACACCAAUUUGGUGUUAUUUUCAUUUGGAAAAGCGAUUUAUGACAACAAGUAAACGAGUUCAAGACAGAAGCAAAAAGAAAAGGGUUCAUGAACUCGAAGUAGCAACAGAGAAAUGGAAAAUCACUUCCAAAAUCAUUUUCUUAAUGGAACUUCUCAAACAAGAACCAGAAAUGGUUAUUCCCGUUCGAUCCCUUUCACAUUAUCGCAAACAAAUCAAUCUUCCAAAACCUCACAGAAUCUCAGAUUUUCUUCGCAAAACACCAAAAUUAUUUGAACUAUACAAAGAUCGGAAGGAUGUAUUGUGGUGUGGUUUGACUCAUAAAGCUGAAGACUUGAUGGAAGAACACCAAAAGGUCAUUGAAGAAAAUGGAGAUAAAGCUGCUGAAUUUGUUACUAGGUUUCUUAUGAUGUCGCUUGAUAAACGUCUUCCUUUGGAUAAAAUUGCUCAUUUUAGAAGAGAUUUUGGGUUGCCAAUGGAUUUUAGGGUUAAUUGGGUGCACCAAUAUCCUCAACAUUUUCGUGUUGUGAAGCCUUCAAUUGAUGAAGUUGAGUUUUUGGAGCUUGUUUCUUGGAACCCUAAUUGGGCAAUCACUGAGCUUGAGAAGAAAAAGAAGAUGGAGAUGGAAAUGGAGAUGGUGGAAGGGAUAAAAACUGAAACUUUACAUACUCCGGGUUUGCUUUCGUUACCAUUUAAUUUGAAAUUUCCUGCAAAUUUUAAAAGGGUUCAUAGUUAUUAUGGAGAAAAGAUUAAAUUGUUUCAGGAGAGGUCUUAUUUGUCACCUUAUGCCGAUGCAAAGGGUUUAAAACCUGGUUCUUUAGAGUUUGAUAAAAGGGCUGUUGCUGUUAUGCAUGAAUUGCUUAGUUUUACAGUUGAGAAGAGAUUGGUGACAGAUCAUCUUACUCAUUUUCGAUCGGAGUUAGUGAUGCCUCAAAAGUUGAUGAGGCUUUUGUUAAAGCAUUGUGGUAUCUUUUAUGUUUCUGAGAGAGGGAAGAGGUUUAGUGUGUUUUUAACCGAAGCGUAUGAGGGUUCGGAGCUUAUUGAGAAAUCUCCUUUGGUUUUGUGGAAGGAGAAGCUUCUUAGUCUUGUUGGUUAUAGAGGAAGGAAGAAGAAGUUUGAGGUGGAUAGUGAGAGUGAUGGGGAAGGGGGUGAUGGUUUGCGUUUGCUUCAGAGUGAUUCUGAUGUGGAGGAUCUGCGCGUGGAGAUCGAGCAACAGGAUACCUUGGAGUACAAGGAUCCUUUACUCGAGGACGAUUCUGAGAUGGAUAUUGGAGAGAUAUAAUCUGCGAGCAUGUCAAAAUUCAAAAAUUCUUGAGAUGGAGGUAUCCUUACCGGCCAAUCAUAAAUUUCAAGUAUAUGCAGGUCAAGUACUUAAGGGGACCAUUGAAUUCAACCAAUCACUUUUGAGGCCAUUGACUGGAUUUAUUAGACACUGUCAAAUAUCAUGAUAAACCUAAAAGUCUAGGGUGUGAUCCAGUGUUAUCGAUGGCGAAAAGCCAAAAGUCCGCCAUAUAAAGCCAUGGCGUUACCAUCCUCCGCGGUUGUUAAAAAAUUUGCCAUGGCCGAUAUUUGACGACACUGGUGUCAUCUUAAUUUUGCUCUCUGGAAUUUAUGCUUGCUUCAACAUAUAAUGAUUUGAUUACUUGUGACAUGGAAAAAUUUGAUAAAGGAUUGGCCAUAUCUUAUUCAGAAGUUACAAACAAAUCCAAAAUAACAUGCAAAGUCAGCGACGACAAGUUGUGUUCAAACUAUUGAGAUAUUUUUAGGUCAAUGGUUUCUUUCAUGUACCCUAUCUUUAUUUAAUUUUAGAAGUUAGAAUGUCAAUCGUCCUAAAGGCAAGAAUAUAGCAAAUAGAAAAUGUGAAAUAUUUGUCUUCUUAUCUUUCGACUCGUUAAUUUAAAGUGACAAGUGAUCCUUAUCUGUUUUAUUUUUUUAUUUGUUAUAGCAGUUAUUACAGAUUUUUGGCAAGUUGGUUGGAAUCAAUUUUCAUCUUUGUCUGCAA